AUGCAAACGUUCACACACUGGGGGGGGAAAAAAAUCCUAGUUGCAAGAGGACGCCUAACAUGUAAUGUCUUUCACAGCUUUGAAGAAAUCUACAAAUUCCAAAGACAAAUUCUUCGAGUCAAAGACAGAGAUGAAUUCCCGAUGAUCCUGGUAGGAAACAAAGCAGACCUGGAGCUACAGAGACAAGUAACCCAGGAAGAGGGCCAGCACCUGGCCAGGCAAUUAAAGGUCACAUAUAUGGAGGCCUCCGCCAAAAUCCGAAUGAACGUAGACCAGGCUUUCCACGAGCUGGUUAGAGUAAUCAGGAAAUUCCAAGAACAGGAAUGUCCACCGUCACCAGAACCUACAAGAAAAGAGAAAGACAAAAACGGCUGCCAUUGUGUGAUCGUCUAA